UCUGCCGGCUGCCGCCUGAAACUCGGCCCUCUAAUACCUCGACGAGUUUCAGUCGCGUUCAGUCAGUGUUGAGCGCGCGGCGAGCGCGAAUGGAUCGUCUUAUUCGCCGUCGCUCUAAGUUACGAACUUUGUGUAGCGAAGACUCGGUCAAAGUCUUGACGAACAGUUCGAAACGGGUUCGGACGGUCGCGAUAUCGACGCGAAGUGAUAAUUGAACAAGGGAUAAGGAAAAAACGAAGAAGAAGGGGGACGAGAACCCCCGAGUUCCGUUGAAGUAACAGUAAAGAUUACAAUCAGUGAAAGUGUAACGAAAGUUCGUCGGCACGGUGUGCUCGAUAGCUACGUGCCAACCAACCCCUACGAGACAUGGGCAGUUUUGUUUUAUCGUGACGCACAGUGUGCCAGCCAGCGGUAAAAAUACCAAACCGUUUGAUUUUUGUUCCGUUUUUCUUCGGUUCAAGUUUAUUUCCAUUCGUUCAUACCCCCCGCCCCUUGUCUCGCCGUUCCGUCGGAAAAUCUUCACACGAUGCUCACAGUGCUGUGUUCGCCCUCGUGGAAGUGGAGUGCUAGUGUGGUGGUUAUCUGUUUCGUACUGUCCUCCGGGGUGCGGGGCACCUGCCACUGGGCCCCGGAAGGAAACGACACGCGAUCCGCCGUCUGCGCGCUUCUCAAGCUCAACUCGUCGGCAAUCGGCACCCUUCUGCCCGCCCUCGACGGCGCUCUCAAGCUCAGGCUGACCUGCAGCAACGUUCACCACUUCGAGAGUCUGAUAUCAACCGAGAGCUGGCACCGUCUGAGCGGUCUUCACGAGCUCCACGUCGACGGGUGCAAGCUGCUGCGGCUGCCGGCCUCUGCGUUCCAACCCCUCGCCGAGCUCAAGCGGCUCACGCUCCAGACGUUGAACACGGAGUGGGGCGCCGGUCGUACCCUCGAGCUCGUCCCCGGCGCCCUUGCCGGCCUCCGGGAGCUGCAGACCCUCGAGAUCAUAUACAGCAACCUGCGAGUCCUGCCGCCGAAUGUUUUGUGCGAGCUCGGGAAUCUCCAGGUCCUGAACCUCACGGGAAAUCACCUACGGGAGAUCAGCGAAGUCGGCCUCGCCGACAGCCGGGCUAAUCGUGCCAAAUGCCACGCGGAUAUUCGGGCCCUGGAUUUGUCUCACAACGAGAUCCGAAGCCUCCCGGAAGAGAGUCCGUUGUCCGGUUUGCGCCAACUGCAGGAGCUCCACCUCCAGCACAAUUCCAUCGGUGAAAUCGCCAGCGAUGCGCUCACCGGACUCACCAGCCUUCGCCUCUUCAACGUCAGCUACAACGGCCUAGGCUCGUUGCCCGAGGCCCUCUUCGCCAGCACCUGCGACCUCCGGGAGGUGCAUCUGCAGCACAACGAGCUCCGCGAUCUUCCCCGGGGAACGUUCACCAGACUCGAGCAGCUGCUGGUACUGAAUUUAGCCGGGAACACGCUCGGGAGCGAUCGGGUGGACGAGACUACCUUUCUGGGCUUGAUUCGUCUGAUAGUCCUCGAUUUGUCCCACAACGCUCUAACUCGCAUCGACGCCCGCAUGUUCAAGGAUCUCUUCUUCCUCCAGAUCCUUGAUCUCCGGAACAACUCGAUCGGGCAUAUCGAGAGCAACGCCUUUCUGCCUCUCUACAAUCUGCACACCUUGGAGCUUUCCGAAAAUCGGCUCCACUCGAUCGGACCUCAGCUAUUCAACGGACUGUUUGUUCUGAGCCGGUUGACUCUUUCCGGAAACAUGAUCGUCUCCGUUGAUCCGAUGGCCUUUCGGAACUGUUCCGACCUUAAGGAGCUCGAUCUCAGCGGAAACGCGCUCAGCACAGUUCCGGAGGCGCUCCGCGAUCUUGCGUUCCUGAAGACCCUCGACCUCGGCGAGAAUCAAAUCAGCGAAUUUCGCAACGGAUCCUUCCGGAAUCUGCACCAGCUCACCGGGCUCCGUUUGAUCAGCAACAACAUCGGGAACCUGACGCGCGGCAUGCUUUGGGACCUGCCGAAUCUGCAGAUAUUGAAUCUCGCCAGAAACAAAGUGCAGCACGUCGAGCUCGACGCGUUCGAACGAAACACGAGACUCGAGGCGAUUCGGCUCGACGGAAAUUUUCUAUCGGACAUAAACGGCGUGUUCACAAGCAUCGCCAGUCUCCUGCUUCUCAAUCUGUCGGAGAAUCACAUCGAGUGGUUCGACUACGCGUUCAUACCCAACAAUCUCAAGUGGCUCGACGUUCACGGGAAUUUCAUCGAAAGUCUGGGAAAUUAUUACGGUAUAAGUGAUCUAAAAGUGAGGACACUCGACGCCAGUCACAACCGGAUUACCGAGCUUUCACCAAUCGCGAUACCGGACAGUGUUGAACUCUUGUUCAUAAACAAUAACUACAUCAGCCUUGUGCGGCCGAACACCUUUACCGGCAAAGUGAAUCUCACCCGCGUCGACAUGUACGCGAACAUGAUCGAGACCAUGGAACUUACGGCUCUACGUCUGACUCCGGUUCCCGCCGGAAAGUCCCUCCCCGAAUUUUACAUCGGCGGAAAUCCGUUCAACUGUAACUGCUCGAUGGACUGGCUUCCGGUGAUAAACAACAUGACCGCGCUUCGUCAGCAUCCGCGAGUCAUGGACCUGGACAACGCGAUGUGCCGUGUAUCCGGGCCGCGAGGCACGGCGAUCGUUCCCGCCAUCGAGGCGAGACCCGAGCAAUUUUUGUGCCGUUACGAAGCUCACUGUUUCGCCCUCUGCCAUUGCUGCGACUUCGACGCCUGCGACUGCGAGAUGACUUGUCCGUCGGACUGCAAGUGCUACCACGACCAGACCUGGAACACCAACGUCGUCGACUGCUCGGGUCUGGGCGCUCCGGAAAUUCCCCGGCGAAUUCCCAUGGACGCGACGGAGGUUUACCUCGAUGGCAACGAUCUGCGGGAGCUCCAAAACCACGUGUUCAUCGGGAGGAAGAACAUGCGAGUUCUGUACGUGAACGGUAGCGGGAUAGAGUCGAUCCAGAAUCGGACGUUCAACGGACUGAACAACCUCCAGACGCUUCAUCUCGAGGACAACAGGAUACACGACCUGAAGGGAUUCGAGUUCGAGCACUUGUCGCACCUGCGAGAGCUCUACCUGCACAACAACCUGAUCGGAUUCGUGAGCAACGUUACCCUGGUCCCGCUGAGAUCCCUCGAGAUACUGCGACUCGACGGUAACAGGCUCGUCACGUUUCCCAUCUGGCAGCUGACCCUGAACGUUCGUCUGACCGAGCUGUCUCUCGGGAGCAACCCGUGGUCCUGCAGAUGCAAGUUUCUCCAGGAGCUUACCACCUGGGUGUCGGAGAACGCGCACAAGGUCGUUGACUCGACGGACGUGUGGUGCGACAACAACGAAACCCGGCCCGCCUAUCGACGUCGCCUCGACGUGAACGAGACCGCCUGUUCGGACUACUUUGCCCAGGGUGGUGUCAUUGAGAGUAUAAUGGUCUCCGACUACCUUCCCAUGGUCGCGGCCACCCUCUCGGCGGUCCUCCUCCUCCUCGUGGUCACCGUCCUAGCCUUCAUAUUCCGAGAACCGGUGCGAACGUGGGCUUACUCGCGUUACGGUGUCCGGUUGUGGGCAAAGGCUGCGCCGCCCGACGACCGGGAGCGACUUUACGACGGGUACCUUUGCUACAGUCCGAAGGACGAGGACUUCGUCCUGCGAUCGCUGGUCGCCGAGCUCGAACACGGUGCCGGGGCCGGAAGCGGCGGUCUGAGGCUCUGCCUCCAUCACCGGGAUCUUCCCUGCCUGAGAGCCGCGGCUCCCGUCGUCCUGGAAGCGGCCGAGGCCUCGAGAAGGGUGCUGAUCGUCCUGACGCGAAAUUUCCUACAGACGGAAUGGUCGCGGUUCGAGUUCCGCGCGGCGGUACACGAGGCGCUUCGCGGUCGACCCGGGCAGCUGGUCGUCGUACAGGCAGGGCCGGUCGCCCCGGAGGCGGAGUCCGACCCGGAGCUGAGGCCGUACCUGAGGACGGCGGUGAGGCUGCGCUGGGGUGAGAAAAGGUUCUGGGAAAGGCUCAGGUUCGCGAUGCCCGCGGGCGAUGCGCUACGUCGCAAACCCUCGUCCCUCUACAGACGCAACGUGAAUACUUACACCCUCGAGGGCCGCCCCGAGAAGGGCACGCCGACGCUCCGGGUCCACGGACACAUCGCCGGUCACCAUCACCCCCUCUUCAAGGAUUCACCGGAGCUCCUCCAGGCGCCCCCGGCGUAUUCGAGCACGGCCACGCUCCAGAGCCACAAUAACGGGAGGCUGGAGAUCGCCGGCAGGGAAACGCCCGGAAGCACCGCCACUCCGAGUCCCAGACUGACGGUGAACCACGCGUACCAGGAAACCGGCCUCGAGGGCGCCGGGAACGCGGGCAGGCGGCCCCUGUCCGAGCACAUUUACUCCUCCAUAGACUCGGACUAUUCGACGCUCGAGAGAAACGCGUGGCGGCAGCAACAACCCCCGCCCCCCGGACAAGCCUAUCUUGUGUAGUUCGUUUUUCGCCAUUAUAUUAUGAUCCUUACCCGCCCGCAAAACCCGCCUGCCUGACGCUCGAGUUUGUUAUAACCAUCGUAAUCGUAAUAUUCGUAAUAUCCGUAAUAACGAUAAUAUUAUUAAUAAUGAUUAAAAACAAUAACAAUAACGAUAAUAAUGCUAAUAAUAUUCGUAAGCAUAAUGAUAUUAUUAUUAAUUAAAGAUAAUAAUAAUAAUAAUAACAAUAAUAAUAAUAAUAACAAUAACAAUAAUGACGCUAAUAAUAACUGUAUCAAUAACGUUGAAAUUAAUAUCGAUAAUUCAUCAUUGUCACUGUAAUACUUACGUACACAAUUAAUCUAUGUAUAUAUCAUUAUGCAUAUAAUAAUAGGUGCUCCCCUAUUGCUGUGACUGCUGCAGUGCUGCAUUUUGUAAAACUACCACACUGGCCUACCUCGCCAAUGACUGAUUAUUAAUUAAUUAAUUAAUCAAUUAAAAUACCUAAUUUUAUGCUUGAUAAAUGAAAUGGUUACGUGAUUGCCUAUAUAUAAUACGCUCGUGACAAGGCUGUAAAUAUUUACUUAUCUAUAUAUAUAUAUAUAUAUAUAUAUAUAUAUAUAUAUAUAUAUAUAUGUGUAUAUAUGAUUGUACGUAUGUAUACGCACACAAAUACGUAUAUGUAUAUAAUAAGUGUAUCUAUAUGCAUAUAUAGACGUAUACACGAAGUAUAAGAAAUGUGUAUAAAUCGAAUUAAAAGUUAGCGUCAAGUGUGGAGCAGAUGACGCGAGGCGCGUAAAAGCCCUGCGCGUAGUCUUAGGGUCCUCUGAAUUUAGGUAGGAAAUUUUUUGUAAUUUUAUAUGAUUGAGAGCGAAGCCUGUUGUACGAUAUGUAAAUAUGUAUUAUCGCCUCGUGUAAGAUAUACUCACCGUAAAGUUAAUAAAUAAAACAUACCUAUCAUUAUAUAUUAUAUAUAUAAUAAAUAUAUAUGUAUAUAUAUAUACAUAUAUAUAUAAUAAAUAUAUAUGUGUGUAUAUAUAUAUGUAUAUUGUAUAUCGACUAUACUAUGAUUAUUUAAAUUGUGUGAAUAAAUUUAUAACUUAUGUUAACAUUUGAAUUGAAAUCGAAACGGUAAUGUCAACUUAUUAUUAUCCGUGCUUACUUAUACACAAUAUAUAUCGUGAAAAAUCUCUCGACGAUCACCGUAAGCGAUCAAUGAAUUUAUUAUAUUAUUUUAAGUCGAAUUAUUUAUUUGCCGUUAUAAUCAGCCAAAGCAGGGCGACAAUUUUUAUUUUUUUUGUACAUUUUUUUCGCUGUAAUGAAAACCUGCGGUACUACGGUCUUCGUUGAUUUACUCAAACUUGAUAAAGUUAAGUUUUUACUUCGUUUCUGACAAUAAAUUCAAUCUUGUCAAUUUAA